AUGCUAACUGGGAAGUUCAAAGAAGGCUCUUCUUUGGCUUCGCCCAAGGCCCUCGAGCAGCAGCAGCAGCAGCAGCAGCAGCAAGUGCUGGAGCUUCCUUUGACGGGAAUCUCAGAAAGUGCUCUGCUGAAUUUGCUGCAGUGCAUUCACACUGACACCUGCGAGGCCCUUUCUGGCAAGCAGUCCUCCAUGGACUUGUGUCUCGAACUUCUCGUUGCUGCAGACCUAUAUGACGUGCCAAGCGUGUACUGGCGCUGCGUAGAGACUGCGCGGCGUCUUCUUACAAAGGCAAAUUUCACAGCAGCAAUUUUAACUGCCCAGCGCAUCAGCUGCUCCCCCCUCAUGCAGUCGGUCAAAGAGUUUGCCAACAGCUUGCCGGGGGCUGUUGUCGCCCAGCGGAUGCUGCGCGCCUUUGAGACAGUGGAGUCCAGGAAGAGGCCGCAGCCGCAGCAGCAGCAGCAGCAGCAGCAGCACAAGCAGAAGAGGCAGCAGGUGACCCCCAUCGCAGAAACGCAGCAGCAGCAGCAGCAGCAGCAGCAGCCGCCGCCGCUCGCGCUGCACCAACUGGAGGAGGAAGACCUUGAGGCGCCUGCGGCCUGUGUUUUUCCUUUGGAAGCUGCAGCAACAGAUGGAGCAGCAGCUGCAGCAGCAGCAGCAGCAGCAGCACCAACCCCGCCGCUGUCACCUGCCGAAGCAUCAGACUCUUCCCUAUCUGACUCAGAGAUCUGUCUGCCCGAGUCUGUGGCUGCUGCAGCAGAACCAGCAGCAGCAGCUGCAACACAGCCAGCAGCAGCAGCAGCAGCAGAACCAGCAGCACCAGCAGCUACAGUGGGAGGCGCAGCAGCAACAGAGUCACCAGCCGCAGAGGCAGCUGCAGCGCCAACUGCAGCAGCAGCAUUUUCUGCAGCGACAGCAACAGCAACAGCAGCAGCGGCGACCGCAGCUCAAGAUCUGCAGCUUAGUGCUAUACAAGACUACGAAGCGCCAGCAGCAGCAACAGCAGCAGCAGCUGCUGCUGCUGCAACAGCAGCAGCAGCAUCAGCUGCAACGCCAGCAGUAGCAACACCUCUACAAAAAUGUGUGCUGCAGCGGCUGCUGGUGCUGCUGAUGCUGGUACUUCUGCUGUCAGCAGCAACAGCAGCAGCUCCCACAGAAACUGCCAAUGCAGCGAAAAGCCUGCUGCGGCUUGUGGGGCAGGCAGUCCCUGCAGCACGGGCAGCAGCAGCAGCAGCAGCAGCAGCAGCGGGGAUAGCCGCGGCAGCAGCAGCAGCCGCAGCAGCAGCAGCAGCAACAGCCCCUGCAGCAAAAUCACCUUGA